CGUGAUUGGACAGAGAGCCGUUCGGAGGAAACAGCUGAUUAGUUUACAAGGCAACCUGAAGAAAAGCCCCCCGCUGAAGCGACAUCGGACAUCCAGGAAGCUGCUUUAAGUCGCUUGAACACAGCGAGAGGUCGCUGUUUGUCUCCAAAUAAGCGAGAAAUAAGACAUUUACUGAUAAUUACUCCGUUUAGAUUGUCAGUGGAAUGCGAUGAUUUUUCCACCUUCCUAACCUAACGUUAAACUGUUAACUACGCUGAUCCUGAUUAUGUUAUCUUUCACCAUAUCCAUGUUUAAAGAUGAACUCCAGCACAAAUGCCCAUUGUGGCAGUCACACUAGCAAAGAGAAUUUCCCACCUUCAAGCAAAAUAGAUGCACUGCAUGUCCAGCGGGCCAAGCAGCGCACAGUGCUCGGCGUGUUGUCAGAAAAUGAGCAGCGUGGUCGAUCCCUCAGCCAGGGAAGCCAAUUUUCCAAACACAGUUCGAUCUCAGACAGCUCCCAGCUCACCUUCCUCAACUGUCCCUCCAGUUCCAGCUAUGAUGUGUAUGUUGAAGAGGCUUGUGAAGUUGUUCUUGCGGCCUCUGGUCAAGAAGUGAUCUCAGGCAGCUAUUACCUAGAUGCCGAAGCUGCUGCCCUGCAAAAUGAAGGUUUGCGACUCCUGCUGGAGCUGAGUUCAAGUUCAUGCCAGGAUGCUUCUAUGCAGUCUGAACAAGAUGAAUCCCUGAUGUCAGAGCAGCUGCUGUGUGUUUCCGAGUAUUCAGAGGACAUUCACCGGCACUUGAGGGAGAGUGAAAUGAGGUUCAGGCCAAGGCCAGGCUACUUAGAGAAACAUCCAGAGAUUACCAAUGACAUGCGGGUCAUCCUGGUGGACUGGCUGGUGGAAGUUGUCCAGGAAUACAAGCUUCGUUCGGAGACUCUGCACCUUGCUGUGAACUAUUUGGACCGCUUUCUCUCCUGGACAGCAUAUGUGAAACGGGGCAAGCUGCAGCUGGUUGGCACAGCUGCAUUGCUGAUUGCUGCAAAAUAUGAGGAGAUCUUCCCUCCUGAGCUGAAUGAGUUUGUGUACAUCACUGACAGCACCUACACUAAGAAGCAGUUGGUCCGGAUGGAGCACGUUUUCCUAAGAGUGCUGGCUUUCAAGAUGGCAGCCCCCACAAUAAACCAGUUCCUUCGCCUCUUCAUGUCCAUCCACUCUGUCUGUGCCAACACAGAGAACCUUGCACUGUAUGUAGCAGAGUUAAGUCUGCUGGAAAUUGAUCCAUUCCUACAUUACACCCCAUCUAUAGUGGCAGCUGGAGCCUACUGCCUGGCCACCUACACUGUAAACAAAUCUCUCUGGCCCGAUUCCUUAUAUGCCUUUACUGGUUAUACCAUGGCGGAAAUUGUGCCCUGCAUGGCUGAUCUCCACCAGCUAUACAUCAGUGCAGAGAGUCGACCACAACAGGCCACCAGGGAAAAGUAUAAGAGUUCAAUGUAUUGUCGUGUUUCAUGGAUCACUCCACCUGCUGUUCUGCCUUUCCUAUGAAUCACUGCUCCACCCUUCUUCUGAAGCUUCUGCCAGAACAUAAUUAGAUUGAGGAAAAAAAACAAACACAGCUGAUUCUACACACUCUACCCCUCUGGACACUUUAUUACCUUGAGAUUCUUUUCUUGUAGUAUAUAUAAAUACAAUAAAUUAUUUAAAAAUAAAACAUA